AUGCGGGGUGUAUUAUGGUCUGACAUUGGUGAGAUUAAGGACAAAAUCAGCUCCUUGGCUCAUGUAGCUGGUGGAGGAAAUGAAGGGAUUCAUAGGUUAUUGAGAUCUGCUGAAGUUUAUGAUCCAAAGAAGAAAAGAUGGUCCUUUAUUUCGGACAUGAGUACAGACAUGGUUCCCUUAAUCGGGGUUGUCUAUGAAGGAAACUGGUUCUUAAAGGUUGUAGGAGCUCACCGAAAGGUUCUGAGUGAGUUCUACAAACCUGAAACUGAUAGUUGGCGUCCUGUAUUUGACGGACUGGUUGAUGGAUGGAGGAACCUCUAUUCGCUGGAGUGCAAGGAUGGCUGCAAGCUAAAGGUGUAUGAUGAAGCAACUGAUUCUUGGAGCAAGCACAUUGAUAGCAGGAUGCACAGGGGUAGUUCCAAGGCUUUCAAACACGUUCUUUUGGUUUCGCUAAGGUUAAUCCCCUUUCUGCUUUAA